UAAUGAAUGCGAGGUGCAAUCAAUGUUAUUUGAUCCAACUGGAACAAAAUUUGCUGUUAGUAUUUAUACAAAAAAUCCUGAAUACUUAUCGUCGCUUCUAAUUUAUGAUAUAGAUGACAGUCAUUCCGUAAUAGAUAAAACAGAAGAUUGUUCAAAUUAUUGUUAUAAACCUGGUGCUUUCCAACUACUAUGGGAGGAUCCUCACACUAUUCUCAUGUGUUAUGAUUCUUAUAUUAAAAAAAUGGAUAUAAGAACAUCCGAAUUUGUACGUACAUGGAAUUAUUCAUCCGAAAAUAAAAUAUUAACAUGUUUUACAACAGAUAAUUUAUACACUAUUAUGACGGGGACGAUUAAUGAUAAAGUUCUUCUAUGGGAUCAGAGACAAAAUACUUACAUUCAAAAGUAUAAGAAUAGGCAUGAAAAAACCAAUAUAUAUUCUAUACAAUUUGAUAGCGCUCAUCUUCAAGCAAAGUACCAGUCCGUUCUAGCUCAUUCAAAUUUCGUGACUACGGAAUCUACAACAGAUGGCAACUUGUGGGACGGAUAA